CUAGUUACCAGUCAUGAAGAUUCUUAGAUAUCUCCUGGUCUAUCGAAGGUUCCUGCUCAUUAUCCUUACCCCGCUGCUUUUACUUCCACUACCACUUAUCAUCAGAACCAAAGAAGCAGAAUGUGCAUACACGCUGUUUGUAGUUGCCAUCUUUUGGCUCACAGAAGCUUUGCCCCUGGGUGUUUCAGCUUUGCUCCCUGCCUUUAUGUUCCCAUUGUUUGGAAUAAUGUCAUCUAAGCAGGUUGCAUCUGCUUACUUUAGAGACUUUCAUUUGCUAUUAAUUGGAGUGAUUUGUUUGGCAGCAGCAAUUGAAAAAUGGAAGUUACACAAAAGAGUGGCUUUAAGAAUGGUGAUGCUGGUGGGUGUAAACCCUGCAUGGCUUACUCUGGGUUUCAUGAUUAGCUGUAGCUUCCUGUCUAUGUGGCUCAGCAACACCUCUGCUGCCGCUAUGGUGAUGCCAAUUGUAGAGGCGGUAGCUCAGCAGAUCAUCACGGCUGAAUCCGAAGUAGAUGCGCUGGAGAUGUCUUGUUCCAAUGGCUCCACCAACCCAGGACUGGAGCUUGAUGAAAACAUUAUGGAAUGUGAAACCAAUGAAUGGAAAGAGAAAACAAAAGAAGCCAAUGGAUAUGACAAAGGUAUGGGUAAUACUGUGUGCACAAUAGAAAAUGAAAAGAAAGAAGAAAAUGAAAAGAACCUAUCGCCUGCUGAAACAGGAAGAAAAAGCAGAGAGGACAAAUACAAUGGGAUUUUCAAAGUGAUGUGCUUAUGUAUUGCUUAUUCAGCUACCAUUGGAGGGUGGACCACACUCACAGGAACAUCGACUAAUUUGAUUUUUGCUGAGCAAUUCAAUACACGUUACCCAGAUUGCCAGUGCAUCAAUUUUGGAUCCUGGUUUGUCCUUUCCAUCCCCGUCACAGUUACUAUUCUGCUGUUCUCCUGGAUCUGGCUCCAGUGGCUCUUCCUUGGAUUUGAUUUUAAAAGUAUGUUCAAACGUGGCAAGGACAAAACAGUUAGAGAACAGGCCUCAGCACGGGUGAUUCAGGAGGAAUACAGCAAACUCGGACCAAUAAGCUACCCAGAAAUUGUUACACUUGUCCUGUUCAUUCUGAUGACUCUGUUGUGGUUUACCAGAGAUCCUGGCUUCAUCCCUGGAUGGUCUUCACUUUUUCCAAAGUAUAAAGGCUUUGCUACGGAUUCAACAACUGCCUUAGUGAUUGGUCUUCUCUUCUUUAUUAUUCCAGCAAAAACAUUGCCUAGGACUUCAAAUGGAGAAAAUACUGUUUUUGGUUACACUCCAUUGAUUACCUGGAAGGAAUUUCAGUCAUGCAUGCCCUGGGAAAUAGCUAUUCUGGUUGGUGGCGGAUUUGCACUGGCAGACGGCUGUGAGGUUUCAAAUCUGUCUGCGUGGGUAGGAAGUAAAUUAACCCCUCUAGGAUCAUUACCCUUGUGGCUGAUUAUCUUGAUAUCAUGCAUUAUUGUCACUUCAGUAACAGAAGUGGCUAGCAAUGCAGCUACCAUUACGAUAUUUUUGCCUAUACUAUCUCCUUUGGCUGAAGCCAUUCACGUGAACCCACUUUUUAUUUUGAUACCUACCACCCUGUGUACCUCCUUUGCAUCCCUGCUCCCAGUAUCAAACCCAUCCAAUGCCAUUGUAUUUUCAUAUGGUCAUUUAUCUAUUAUGGACAUGGUUAAAGCAGGUUUGGGCAUUAACAUCAUCAGUGUUGCUGUAGUUAUGCUUGGAAUUAUGACAUGGAUUGUGCCUCUGUUUGAUCUCUAUACUUAUCCAAGUUGGGCACCAAUCAUUUCUUCGACAAAUAACACCGGCCUUUAA